AGGCGGGCCUGGGCGGCGGAGAAACACGUGCCGGCUUGGAGGAGAUCCGAGGGCAACCCGCCUAGGAGGGGAGGGCGAUUCACAGAGGCACCCGCGCCCCUCGCCGGCCUCGAGCAGGCAGGGCCCACCCCACAGGAAUCAUAUAAAUUAAGUGUAAGAGACUUUUUCUUUUAAUUGAAAAUAUAAGUAAGUAAAAAUAGUAACAAUGCAUUAUAGCAGAGAAGGGAGGGCGGAAAGACCGAAGGAUGGCCACUUGAUGAGAAGGCUGAAAUCAGAGCCAUAUGGCCACAAGCCAGCCGGUGCUGAGAACUGCCACCCACACCCAGGAGCCAGAAGAGUCCUGGAAAGGGUUCUCCAGACCCCCCAGAUCACGAGAAUGUGCCAGCUUCUUGCUGGAGCCAUCUGUUUAUGGCAGCCCUAGGGAAUCAGCCCGUUGGUAGCUUACAAGUCUUCAGGCAGAAGAUGGGACAUGUGGACCAAAAUGAGUGCCGGGACCCUCACUGACUCCCCCUCUUAAGUAGCGGCGGGGGUGGGGGGGCACGUUCUCACCUCUGGGGCACAGACUGGGGUUUGAACCAGGGAUGGAGGGCCUAGGCAUUACAUGUGUUAAGGGAAAAAUUACAUUUAAUGUUUUAACAACACAGGCCACAGAGAGAAAUGCAAAGAACCUCGGAAUACUCUGCGUGUCCCUGUGAGCCAGGGAGGGCCUCCACUGGGGAUGGGGUACUCUGCGAGGGGUCUGGAUCUAUUACGGGUUAUUAAAGGGUUUUUUUUUUUUUUUUUUAAGGUGGAAAUACUGUGUGAGGCCAGGGGGUUAGACACCUGUGGAGAAACAAGCACACGGCAUCCGCACGCAGGGACAGACGGCGGCGAGCACACCACGUGGGGGCACAGAGGCAGGAAGGUGAGCAGACAGAGCCAUUUGUGUUGAGCAUGAAAAGCAAGUUGCAGAAGCACGCCUGUGGUGUAAAACAAUUUACACAAAGCUUAAAAUAGCAAACUGAUUAGCCCAUUGUUUAGGGGCAAGUACCUACGUGGGUGCUGGAGAAUAGAGAAAACCAAGGGCAUGGUUUACCCAGAACUGGAGGUGCUGGUGGGCAACAGAGUGAUCUGCAAUGGGUCCGGGUGUGUGUGGCUGCCUGAGUAAUGGCUCCUCACAAUGACGAUGCCCACACCCUGAUCUCUGCAGCCCAUGAAUGUGUCGCCUUAUAUGGCAGAAGAGAUUUUGCAGGACCUUCAGAUGGAUUGUCCAGGUGGGCCCCAAGUGUAAUCACAUUUGAAGAGGGACACAGGAGUGUCAAUGUCCCUGUGGAGACAGACAUUGGAGUAGUGCAGCCAGGAGCCAAGGAAUGUUGGCAGCUUAUAAAAGCUGGAAGAGUCGUGGAACUGAUUCUCUCCUGGAGCUUCCAGAAGGAACUGGUCCUGGCUGGUUAUGGCAGGCACAAGACACCCAAACACAACAGCAAUAGGAAACUAUUUAUUACAACAUGCAGAGAGCUUUUGGGGACAUUAGUGGUGGUCCUAAGGAGUGCUUCGAUUGAAUGGAGGAGAAAAGAGCCCCGUUUGGCCUGGUGUGACCCUAUCACCAGGGGACCCGUUCCAGCAUCCUACCACCUUCCACUGCCUCCAGGACACGCACGUUUCGUUCUCAAGAAGCGCUGUCUUCAGAAGGGAGAGGGGCUUCAUUCAGCCUGGACCUCUCCCUACACCCCUCCUGGCUGCCAGCGUGGGGAGGAGAUGCCCACCUUGGCCCACCGCAGGUCAGAUGACACCCACCCCGGACCGCCCAGCCAUCCCUGCGCUCCUGGUCAGUGGGUCAGCCCUUCUGUCUCCACCCACUGCCUGGCAGAGAGAAGGUGCUGUGGCCCCAGCAGGAUGUCCUCCCAGGCAGCCCCUGCGGGUUUACCAGCUGUCCACUAGACCACUCCCCUGUGGACAUGUGUCCCUGUCAUGCUCUGGGGGCUGCACGACCCCCAGCCUGGCUCUGGGCCUUCAGUGACUGGAGGGGGCUGGGCUCAUUUCUCCUCUCUGGGCCUCACUUGCACAUCUCCGAAUAGAGAUGUUGCUUCUGAUUCUACGUCACUUCAGUGUCUCAAAAUCUGUAAAUCAUUAACAGAAACAGAACACCUGAGCGUUUUCUCAUUUCUAGUUAUUUUUUAAAAAUUCCUCGUUGGGGGGCCCCUGGGUGGCUCAGUCGGUUAAACCUCUGACUCUUGAUCUCGG